AUGGCGCGAUAAUACUCAAGUGGAAUAAUCCAAUUAAUAUAAUCAGUAUCAAGUAUCAUUCUAUGUAUCCGGAUUUCAAGAAGUAUAAAUGAGCCAGAAAGACUUUUUCAAAACACAGCAAAAGUUUCUUCUUAAGAAGUAACACAUCCUCUAAGAUUUUUGUACGCAAUAAGAAACAUGAAGCUUUGCACAUUAUUAUUUUUGUGCGUCGGUGUUCUUGUUGUUACCACCUAUGCUGGAGUUGUAGAUGAAGUGGAAGAAGAGUCAAUUGAGGAUUUAAGUACCGAAAUUGAAUCCGAAGAAUCUGAAGAAUCUGAUUAUGAUGUAAUUUUAGAUGAACUCAGUGGAAGAUGUCGUCGACGUGGACAAAGAUGUAAUCGUGAUAUGCGUUGUUGUCGUGGAAUGAUGUGUUCACGACGCACGAGAAGAUGUGAAAGACGAUCACAAGGACAAUGCCGAAGAAUGGGACAAAGGUGUCGACAAGGACAAUGCUGCCGUGGAAUGAGAUGCAAUUGCCGUACCAACAGAUGCGAACGACGUCGCCGUUGGUGUCGACGAGGUGGUGAAAGGUGCGAGAACAAUCGAAUGUGCUGCAGAGGAAUGAUGUGCUCCAGAAGAGACAGACGUUGCCGUCGUAGGAACGAAUUGAUUCCAGAAGAAUUCAUGGACGAUAAAGUAAAUGUUGAAGAACAAUUCGAAGAUAAUGAAAACUAAUCUGGAUACAAUUGGAAUUUAAAAUGAAUUUCGUUAUUUUGUGAAACUGAUUGAAAAACUAAUAAAUACUCACAACAGCAUUAAA